AUGAAGCCCUUCCUAUCACGAGCUAUCAUCGAUGUAUGCAUCAAGUCGAUGAGCCACGUCCACAACUAUCACGACCGACCAGUCAUCAAACGAAACGAAUCAGCGCUACUUCGUCCCCUUUUACCGCAACACGCUGUUUUGGUCACGCCUCACGGGUUGCACCACUCAGAACGUAUUCAUCACGACAAAUUGAGCUCGGAAAGGAACGUGGCAGAAACGGAAUCGUGCGUGGAGACUCGAUUACGAUCACAUGAGAUGCGUGGCGGAUGGUGGCGAGGUAGCGUGGCCCAGUGCUGGCGAAUUAAUAUUCAAGUGUCGCCUUGCGCGAGCCUUGUAAUAAAAGCACGCUUCGCCGCUUAA